AUGAACCCUGCUGGAGAUCAAAUUGGGAGCAAUCAACAUCCCAUGCCGCAUGGUACUGCGACAAAUGGCUCACCGAUUCCCUGGGCAGAGAUAUUCUCUCGGCAUGAAACAGUCCUCUCAUCCCACCUCCAGAUGCUCGAUGAAGUAAAGGCUCAUGUCUCAGACGAUGAGGCUCUUCGGACCGUGUCCUCGAUGCUCAAUAAGACGAUUCAAGCGAUGAAUCAGCUCAAGGUUGUCCGAAAACAUACAUUAAACAAACAAACCUCCGAUAAUCCCUUCCAAUCCACCUCCACUUCAUCCAAAACACGCGCCGCAGAGUCCCCAACCUCGCAAUCCACAGACACAGAACAUACCGCGCGUCGGAAGCGAUCUCGCACCGACAAGGAUAUCGAGCCUAGAAUCUCAAAUAACCCGACCGAAGAGUCCCGUGCUUCCAAGCGCAAGCGCGAUAUACCUUCCCACCAACUUCCAAUCGACACUCCAGACGCCAACGAGACAGAAGACAUAUCCGAAGAGGUCCAGCGACGAUUACGCAUCAAAGAAGAGCGGCGCCGGAAAAAGGAAAGCUCACAGCCAGAGAAGCGGAAGCGGGACAGUAUGAUUUCGAACGAAAGUACAUCGCCCGGCCCAUCACGGCAUCGAAAGAAGCGGAUUAGAGUAGGCGAUGAUACGGGUUUGGUGGAAUUGGCCAGUGGUUCCACGACUGAAGGAGGAAGAACCAAGAAGAUAAAAAGAUUGCGGUAG